AUGGCCUUCAGUGAUUUGUGUCAAAUAAGUAACGCGUUUAAAGCCGUUGAAAAUGAUUCUGAUCAGUCCGAUCGCUUUAUGGAGGAAAACUCGAUGGUUCAGGAGCUCAUCACGAAAAUCCUCGAUGAGACUGGAUCCACUGAAAAGAAUGGCUCCGCCGCGCCGUCGGAAAAGGCGCCCGUAAGCCAACCGACCACCGCCUCCGCCGCCUCUUAUUCCAUCAGCGAACCCACCGCGCCGACGUACGCCCCGCCGGCCUUCAACGGGUUCCAGGGCGGCUCGCUGUUCGACUUCUCGCCCCGGAGCCAUGACCAGGGCACGUUCGUGUUCGGCCCGGACAGCGCGUUCGCGCCCAACGGCUUCCCCGGCUACGCGGACGGCGAGGUCAACGGCCUCCUCGGCCUCGACCCGGUGGCGGAAGUGGCCGCGGACACCGUCACGCCGGAACAGCUCAACCUGCUGCGGCUCGCCGCGCAGGAGAUCGGCGGCGCCCAGUUCGCCGCGCCCAACAACAAGUACGAGGACAAGUUCUACGCGUUCCCCGAGCAGGGCCAGCGCCAGCCGAUGCCCGAUGCGGGCGCGUUCGCGAACAACUACGGCUACGGCUACGACGGCUACGGCGCGCCUCGCUACGCCGGCUACGCGAAGGAGCCGCAAGACUCUGUGGACCUGCUGUCGUACCUGAGCCAGCUGAGCUUGUCGUUCGACCGCGCUCGCGAAGAUCAACCGCCGGCCGAGUACAAGUACGACGUGGGCGCCUACGGCGAGGAGUUCAAGGCGCCCGACGACAGGGCGAAGGCCCUCUACGGGCGCGGCUACCCGGGCAAGUUCGGCGAGUACUACUCGCCGCCCUACGAGCCGCCCGGGGACUACUUCCCCGGACAGCCGGGCUGCCAGAUGGGCUACAAGCCGAGCCCGGCCGGCUUCCCGGGCGAGUUCCAGCGACGCGACGGCUAUCAAGCGAACGGCUUGGAACAGCAGCGGUGCUACGACGGCCCCCCGAGGGACCCCAUCCGCCAGGGGCAGGACGCGGCCCGUCAGAUGGCGCUGAUGAUGCGCACCCGGCCGCCGCCAAGCCAGCUCAACGUGGACGUCUCGUUCCUGCACGAAAACGCACCGUUCAAUAUCGGGCUUGGCGCGCUACUGGGCCCUAGUCCUCCGGUCCCGCCGACAGUACUACCCUCCCCUCAAGUGGAUAUGCCGCUAACACCUUACCACGCCAUGAGGAGCCUCAGGCAGACGGCGACCGCCUCGAGCGUGCUGCACGCCCGCCUCGACGCGUGCUACGAGCAGUGGCGGCAGCUCGAGCGCGAGCGGAAGCGGACCGAGGCGCGGCUCGCGCUCGCCUAUCCGGGCCGAGCGGUCUCCUCGUCGAACUCGAUCCCGGUGCCGCGGCUGCCGCCGUGCCCGACGCGCGUCGACCGGCUCACGGUGGACAUGCUGCGGGAGCACACGAAGGUGCUUACGCUGAUGGGUAAGAUGGAGACGCUCCGCGCCAGCGUGUGCGUUGCCAACUCGAGGCGAGCCGGCCGUCACCAGCCGGCCGAGGAUCCCGCCAGGAUAACUGUUCUCCGGCGGGGGCAGGACAACGUCGCCCCCCCCUCGCCCGCCUCCGCCUCCGCCCCCUCCCCCGCUUCGGGCGGCCCCCCCGACGUCUUCGAACCCUCCACGUGGCGGGAGGACAUCGGCAACAUGUCCGAGAUCGCGCCGCACAGCGAGGUGGAGAGCGCGAUGCUGGCGUGGCGCAACGCCGUCGCCGGCGUGCAGGCGGCGCGGCGCCGCGAGCUGGCGCCGCACGGCCCGCACGCGCGCCACCCGCGCACUGACCCGAUCCUGCACCUGGCGGACGCGGUGAAGCAGCUGAGCGCGUGCGCGCGCCGCGCCCGCUGCGCGAUGUGGUGCGACCUCACGCUGACGGUGGCGCUCGCGCCACCCCACUCGCCGCCCGCGCCCUCCGCCGCGACCAGGCACGAGAGUUCUAACCAGGCGCCUUCGCAAGUAGCUUCGCCGAGACAAAGCGCCCAAGAGAAUGCAUCCAAUUCGAACUUGCAGGCGAACAAGCCGAAUGUCGGCGAAACGAAGGAGGAAAGGCCAGCCGCGAACACAUCGCCGUCAACAUCGGCUUCGACCGCACCGAGGGGCGACGCGAAGAAUGAAAACAACAACAAUGGCAACACCAACAACAACAACAACAACAGGCAAACGAACAAGCAGCCAGACAGGCCGCAGGAGAAGAGCCAACAGCGCAGGGCGCAGAACUACAGGCACAAGGUGAACCAGGGACGCAACGACUUCUACCAGAAGAACAGGUACGACAACAGGUUCCACAACCGCCACCCCUACCACUACUUGGCAACCGGGCCGAUAAAC